CUUAACUACAUACACAUUCACACAACCGUCCUCACCCCACUUUUCCUCCACGAAAAACGCCAGAAGAAGAUGGUGAAAGACGACGAUGAUUCCGAGAAGACAUUGGAGCUGUUCUUGAAGCUUGGCUUAGAUGAACGAACUGUUCGGAACACCAUCGCUAACAACAAGGUCACCGCCAAUCUUACUGCCGUCAUUCACGAGGCAGAAGUCACUGAGGGAUGCGACCGGUUGAUUGGAAAUCUCUUAUACACAGUAGCCACAAAAUACCCGGCCAAUGCUCUUGUGCAUCGGCCAACUUUGCUGAACUAUGUUGUGACUUCCAAGAUUAAGACCCCAGCGCAGUUAGAAGCUGCCUUUUCAUUUUUCACUACUGUUGGUUCGGACAAUUUUAAGUUGAAUGAAUUUGAAGAAGCAUGUGGCGUUGGCAUUGAAGUUCCUGUUGAAGAAAUUGAGAGCACAGUCAAUGAAAUUUUUGAAGAGAACAAGGCUAUGAUUUUGGAGCGAAGAUAUCGAACAAAUGUGGGUGAACUUUUGGGGGGUGUCCGGAAGAGGCACCCUUGGGCUGAUUCAAAGAUAGCUAAGCAACUUGUUGAUACAAAAAUGUUUGAAUUACUUGGUGAGAGGACAGCAGCAGAUGAUGAGAAGCCCACUAAAAAGAAGGAGAAACCUGCUAAAGUCGAGGAUAAAGUCACUGCCAAUGAUGCUCCCCCUCAGCCAUCUGAAGAAGAACUUAAUCCAUUUUCAAUAUUUCCCUCACCAGCAGAUAAUAUUAAGGUGCAUACUGAAGUAUUUUUCAGCAAUGGCUCAGUGCUGAGAUGUUGCAACACGAGGGAAAUGCUUGAAAGGCACUUGAAGGUGACAGAGGGCAAAGUUUUUACUCGUUUUCCUCCUGAGCCAAAUGGGUAUCUACACAUUGGACAUGCAAAAGCAAUGUUUAUUGACUUUGGCCUUGCAAAAGAGAGGGGUGGGUGCUGCUACCUGAGAUAUGAUGAUACAAACCCAGAAGCUGAAAAGCAAGAAUAUAUUGAUCAUAUCAAAGAAAUUGUGGAGUGGAUGGGUUGGAAACCUUUCAAGAUUACUUAUACCAGUGACUAUUUUCAGGAGCUAUAUGAGUUGGCAGUGGAGCUAAUACGAAGGGGUCAUGCAUAUGUUGAUCAUCAGACUCCUGACGAGAUAAAAGAAUAUAGGGAAAAGAAGAUGAAUAGCCCAUGGAGGGACCGACCCAUUGAAGAGUCAUUGAAGCUUUUUGAUGACAUGAAGCGGGGUCUGAUUAAAGAGGGCGAAGCAACACUUAGAAUGAAGCAAGAUAUGCAAAGUGAUAACUAUAACAUGUAUGACCUCAUUGCAUACCGUAUCAAGUUUACUCCUCAUCCGCAUGCAGGAGACAAGUGGUGUAUUUAUCCCAGUUAUGAUUAUUCUCAUUGCAUUGUGGAUUCUCUGGAGAACAUCACACAUUCGCUCUGCACACUUGAAUUUGAGACACGACGUGCUUCAUACUACUGGCUAUUACACGAACUGGACCUCUACCAACCAUAUGUCUGGGAAUACUCACGGCUGAAUGUUACAAAUACCGUGAUGUCCAAGCGGAAGUUAAACUUCUUAGUGACAAACAAAUAUAUUGAUGGUUGGGAUGAUCCUCGUCUUAUGACACUAGCUGGAUUAAGGCGAAGGGGAGUAACUGCAGCUUCAAUCAAUGCUUUUGUUCGGGGGAUAGGAAUUACUAGAAGUGAUGGUUGUAUAAUACAUGUGGAUCGACUUGAGUAUCACAUAAGAGAAGAACUAAACAAGACAGCACCACGCACAAUGGUUGUGCUACAUCCUCUCAAGGUAGUCAUUACCAACCUUGAAUCUGGAUCAGUUAUGAAUCUUGAUGCAAAGAGAUGGCCUGAUGCACAAACAGAUGAUGCCACUGCAUUUUACAAGGUUCCCUUUUCCAAUGUUGUCUACAUUGAACACUCUGAUUUUCGGAUGAAAGAUUCUAAAGACUACUAUGGGUUGGCGCUUGGCAAGUCGGCUCUACUAAGAUAUGCAUUCCCCAUAAAGUGCACAGAUGUAAUAUUAGCUGAUGACAAUGAAACUGUUCUUGAGAUACGUGCUGAAUAUGAUCCUUUCAAAAAAGCCAAGCCAAAGGGGGUUCUUCACUGGGUUGCAGAAGCUUCCCCAGGGGUUAAUCCACUGAAGGUGGAAGUCCGACUGUUUGAGAAACUCUUCAUAUCUGAGAAUCCUUCUGAGCUAGAGGAUUGGCGUAAAGGUCUGAACCCUGAAUCCAAAGUGGUGAUACCUGCUGCGUAUGCAGUAUCAUCACUUCGUGAUGCUGUUGUAGGGGACCAAUUUCAGUUUGAGAGGCUAGGCUACUUUACCGUUGACAAGGAUUCCACUCCUGAGAAACUUGUCUUUAACCGGACUGUCACUCUGAAAGAUAGCUACGGUAAGGGUGGGAAGUAGCUUCUCACCUGAGGCAGACACAGUUUGAUCAAGAAACUAGUUACAAAUACUUAAUACUUUGUGGUGUACAAAAUACAUGGUUAUUUGACACAACUGAUGUAUAUAUGCAGUUUACGUCUUGACUUAGUCCAACCUAGCCGUCCUUUAAUCUUGUACAAUGUACAUAGAUGAACGUUGAUAUCUAUUAUCUAUGUGAUUUUAGAUGUUUCUGGAGCAGCGAAUUAAUUGUGUGUGGCCUG